AUUUCAUAUAAUUCAUUGGCGAGGAAAAUAGACAUCGUUUACAAGAGUACAAUCUUUCAUAAUGGAUGUAGACACAGACUUUUUAGAAGAUCCACCUCAGGUAGCGUUAUUGCGAUCGCUAUUGAAUCGGAGCACGAGGAUUCAGAUCACAGAUGGACGAUUGUUUGAGGGACAGUUCAUGUGUAUUGAUCAUUCCAAAAACAUCAUUCUUGCUUCUGCAUAUGAGUCACGACCAGCUUAUUUGAAUCCCUCCCUAGCAACGACAACAACCUCAUCUUCAUUAUCUGUCGCCACACAAGAUAAGAAGGCCAUCACAGACGCUAUUGCCAAUGCAAUCGCUGCUACAACGACAGCAACGACAGCCAGAGUAAACGAACCUAAUAAACAGGCGUCAACUUCAAAUCAACAUCCUUAUCCACCACAAGUGCCACCACCAAGAUCAGGCAUUUUGAAAAAUAAAGAAGAAGAAGAGAGGCGGUUCGUAGGCCAGAUUAUGAUUCCAGGACAUCAUAUUGUCAAAGCCGAGAUGGAUACCAGCCAUCUUCGAGGCUUAGACUCGCGGAUAAAGUCCACCAAAUAUGACAUGCAAUACUUGCGCGGAAAGUGAUUCAUUUUUCAUUUAAUUAGAAUUCUUGUUUUCAAAAGAACUAAUCCAGGGUAUCUUGUAAAUAAAUAAAUAAAUAAAU